CCCGCCUUCCCGCGGCUGCGCACUGACGCGUCCCGGGUCGCGCCGGCCCAAGAUGGCGUGGUCCGUGUCCGCGCGCGGGCUGGGGCAGCGGGUGCUGGCCUGCAGCCGGGAGCUGCCUGGCGCCUGGCGCGCCCUGCACACCUCCGCCGUCUGCGCCAAGAACCGGGCGGCGCGAGUCCGCGUGGCCAAGGGGAACAAGCCGGUGAGCUACGAGGAGGCGCACGCCCCGCACUACAUCGCACACCGAAAGGGCUGGCUGUCGCUGCACACAGGUAACCUGGAUGGGGAAGAUCAUGCUGCAGAGAGAACCCUGGAGGAUGUUUUCCUACGGAAGUUUAUGAUGGGCACCUUUCCCGGCUGCCUGGCUGACCAGAUUGUUCUGAAGCGCCGGGCCAACCAGGUGGACAUCUGUGCCCUGGUCCUCAGGCAUCUGCCAGCACACAAAUUCUACUUUCUCGUGGGCUACAGCGAGACUCUGUUGUCACACUUUUACAAGUGUCCUGUGCGACUCCACCUGCAAACUGUGCCCUCCAAAGUCGUGUACAAGUACAUAUAAAGAGCUCUCUUUCCUCCAGCCCAGCCUGCAAAGGCCACAGAGGGGAAGGAGACCAAAUGCCCGCUCGGCUCUGAGGUGGAGGCGCCAGCUCCAAGCUGCUGUUGAAUAAAACCCUGAUCAUGUUUUGUCCC